AUGGGUUCGGUUUUAGGGAAGAUUCACUUUUCGCGUUACGCAAAGGCACAUCACGUUACACAAAAGUACAUCGCGUUAAGCGAAGGCACAUCACGUUACGCGAAAGCCAUCGCAUUACGCGAAGUCCCAUCGCGUUACGCGAAGCGGCACGGUCGGAACGUCGCCACGCGAAGCGACACCGAGUUGUACUUAGAUUUGUGUAAAACAUCAAAUUCGAUUCCUAUUGUUUUUCAGCUGAAUGAAGAAUCCAGCCAGCCAGCCGAUGGAUUUCCUGAAUCCAAUUCUGAUCAUAAUAUCAACAAUCCUACUGCUAUCAUCCUUAUCCUUAUAUCAUCUCUUCUAAUAAAAGUCUUCAUCGGCAAAUCAAUCAGAAAUCCUAAAUACCCUCCUGUAAUCGGUACAGUAUUCCAUCAGCUCCUUUACUUCAAGAAUCUAUAUGAUCGCCAAACAGAGGAUGCCCGGAAGUAUGCUACUUUCAGACUGUUAUCUACCGGCGAAAGUGAUCCAAGAAACGUCCAACACAUACUCAAAACCAACUUCGCUAAUUACUCCAAAGGCCAGUACAAUCAAGAGAUAACCAAGGAUUUAUUCGGAGAAGGUAUCUUCGCAGUUGAUGGAGACAAGUGGCGUCAACAGAGGAAGCUUGCCAGCUUCGAAUCAGAAGAAACGGCUCCAAACUUGUUGCAAUUCUUGAUCGGCUCUCUGUGGAAAACAAGCUCUUUCAUAUGCAGCACGUUGGAUUCGAUAUUCAAAGUGGGAUUUAGUGUAGAGUUGAAUUGUAUGGAGGGAACAAGCAAAGAAGGGAGUACAUUCAUGAAAGCGUUUGAUGAUGUUAAUGAAUUAACUUAUUGGCGUUAUGUUGAUCCAUUUCGGAAACUUAAAAGGUUUUUCAACAUUUCCUCAGAAGCAUCACUCAAGAAAAAAGUCAAAGUCAUCAAUGAUUUUGUGAACAAUCUCAUCACUACAAAGAGGAAACAUCAACAAAAUGAUAAUCCAGCAGUUAGUUCUUGA